AUGGUGACGUCUCUCCGGUGUUGGCCGUUGGCGGCACUGCCCCCAGGUCCAGCUGGCGGGCGCCGGCCACAUCGAACAGACCUGUUCCCCAACCCCAACCCCCGCAACCCCAAUCCAAGGCAAAUGAAGACCGGAAAUAAAAAAGAAAUAGAGAGCAGCAGUCGCUAUAUAAAUGAAAACUUUCUCCCGCAGGUCGGAAUCCCAGAGCCCGCCGCACAGCGGUGCGCCCUCCAGGUGGCGAUGGCGCUCGACCACCUGCACGGCCGGGGCCUGGUGCACCGCGACGUGAAGCCGGAGAACGUGCUGCUGUUCGACCGGGAGUGCCGGCGCGUCAAGCUGACCGACUUCGGGCUGGUGAGGCGGGAGGGCCUCAACGUGUGGCACGGCCCCAGCGCGGUGCCCUACAUGGCGCCCGAGCUGUGCGGGGAGGAGGCGCGCAGGGACGGGGCGCGGGUCUCGUGCGCCGAGGACGCCUGGGCCUUCGGGGUCCUCCUGUACAGCGUCCUGACGGGGAGCUUCCCCUGGGAGCGCACCUCCUCCGAGGACCCGCUCUACCGCGCCUACGCCCUCUGGCGCCAGGAGGGGGCUCCCGACGCCUCCUGCCCCCCUCAGUGGCGCUGUUUCACCCCCUCCGCCUCCCUCAUGCUGGGGGGCUUCCUCUGCCCCCGUCCCGAUGCCCGCUCGGCCGUGGCUGAGGUGCUCAGGUACCUCAAGCAGAGGUGGGUCCUCCGGGACAGACCCCCUGGCCCUGGGGCAAAGCCCGAGGAAGGAAGGACGGCAGCGGCGCCAGGGAGGGGAGGGGAGGGCGGGUUGAGGGAGCUUUACCCUGUAUCUAACUCCCUGUCCCUGGGAGUGUUUGAUGGGGGGGCGAAUGGUGUAGAGGGAGCCUUAUCCUAUCUCUCUCUCUCUCUCUCUCUCCCCCUCGGACGGGGUGUAGUGUUGGUGAGCGAGGGUCUGUCAGAGGGCCCUGACCCUGGGGUCGAUAUUGUCCUCGAGUGUUGGUACGUUGAGGAGGGAUUGGCCGGGCUGCAAGGGUUGGGCGGAGGGUUUUCGCGGGAGGAGGCCCUCCUCAUCCUCCACAAGGUCCCCGUCCCUCAGGAGGAGGAUACCUUGGCCUGGACAGAGUACAGCGUUCGUGAGGCAGAUCGAAAUCGCCUCGUCUUCGAGGCCACUGUAUCCGAGGUUCCCAUUCCAUACGCCAGCCUCCUCCUACAUGCCGACUGCGAGGGCCAGGAGGUGAGCUGCGAGAUCAACAGCCUGGAGUCACCUGGAGGGGGCGAGGGAGGGGACCUCGGGCCCUCCUUCAUGGCCAGCGUUCGCAUCGCGGGAUCUUCCCUGGGCUUGGCCAUCGUCCUCAGGGCACACAACGUCCCUCCCGAGGAGCGAGUCAGGAGGGACAUCAAUGAGAAGCUGGAUGUUGUCCUCAGUACCUCAGGAACCAUCGACAUGAACGUGGAAUUUCUGGUUUACACCCGAGCCACAGGCCUCCAGGCGUCCCUGGGCCAGUCGAUCGAUCUGGAUUGCGGAUUCCUCGGGGCGGAUUCCCGAGGGAUCUCCGUGGAAUGGCGAAGGCAACACAAAGGUUCUGGUAGGACCGUGUACAGCGUCAACCAGGGGCAGGCGAAGGCCGAGAGAGAGGGCGCGUCGAUGGAGCUGGCAGAAAUGGAUGGUCAGGGAAACGCUUCCCUCCGUCUGAGAAACCUCACCGUCAAGGACGAGGGGGUGUACAUCUGCAUCAUUCAGAGCGAACGAAACCGCGCCCAGCAAACUAUUGCCGUGGAUAUUGUCA